AUGUCUCUUCCCUUCAUUGUUGCAUGUUUUCUUUGGAAUGCUAGGAACAAGGUGAAGCAUGAAGACAUUGUCUCUUCUUCUGAUUCUGUGGUAGCUAACUGCCAGGCCUAUUUACAUAAGCUGAUUAAUUUAAAGAAUUUCCCUAAUUUAUUGAAGGAUAUGUCUAAUAUUGAUCUCAAACACCCUAUGGUUAUUAAGGUUAAAUGGGAGAAGCCUCCUCAUAAUUUCAUUAAAAUAAACAUUGAUGGGAGCUUCACUAACAAGAAAGCUGGUUUUGGAGGUUUUUCCAGAGAUCACACAGGCAAAGUUUUGCUUUAUUUCAGGGCCCCCUACAUUGCUGAAGAUGUAUUGGAAACAGAAGCUGCUGCUCUUUACUGGGCCCUUAAAUUUGCUAAGGAAGUCAAGUGGAAUUGUAUUAUUGCUGAAGUGGACUCUUCACAUCUGGUGGAGCUAGUCACUGCCACCUCUUCCCCCCUUGGCACAUAA